AUGAGAAGAAGCAUCUGUGUGCACCAUGUGACCACACUUUCUCUGAUGCUCUCUACUUUGACACAUGUUGCCUUUUCAGCACUUAUCAAAUCACGAAACCUUUCUACCUGGCCUAAGCCCCCAUGCAAAAUGUAUUACCCAAUAGAUCCUUCAUAUGAAGCAAACUGUCCAGAUGUGGUAGCAUUUGUUUGUGCUACAAAUGGCUUAACAUACAAGAAUGAAUGCUUCUUUUGUAUUGAUCGGUGGGAAUUUGGUUCUCGUAUCGAGUUUGUCAAAUAUGGAAAGUGUACCUAGCAGCAAACUGAACACCUUCACUUGUUUGUUCUUUUCAUUACUUCAUUCUAGAAAUUAUUUCUUUGCAAAUUUGAGGCAUUUAACUUGCAUAGUAUAUGCAUGCUUGUGUCCUAUCCAAAUUUCAAGCCAAAUGGAAAACAAAUGAAGGAAUCCAAAUAAUGGAAAAAAUGCCAUACUUGUUGCAAAUA